AUGGAAAAUCGUGGAGCGGAGCUUAUACUUCAGGAACACAAUAUUAUCAAAUCCCUACAGCGGGGUAAUAUUUCCGAAGUACCACAACAUAUCCAACUGAUCAACAACACCUUUGUUUUGGAGCUGCUGUUUGGGAUAACCCAACUAUAUCACUUUAAAAACUUUAUUUUCUACAUAUCGGAGCGGUUGAAUCUGAAGAACAAAGAUUCUCAUGAGUUUUUCCUCGGUUUCUGGAAUACAUUUCCACUCGCUCCCAAUCUGAUCAUAACCCGGGAGUACGAGGCUCCCAUCCCAAUGAUUCAGUUCAUCAGUACUCCGUCCCUGGUAAUGAUCUACACCACCGCACGGGAUGAUCCUAUCAUGGAGCUGGCCGCACAGAGCCUUCAAGGGAUUCGGUGGCUGAAGACGAUCUUUGUACUUUUCCCCAGCUUGAGUAGCCGUGACUUCGAUUCUAAUAUGGAGUCCUUUGCUCAAUUUUCGGCCGAGAUCAAGGACAUCUAUGACUGGGUGUGGAGCAAGCAGUUUAUUAACGCGGUGAUUGUCACCAUUAAGGAUAACGUAUUCCUGCUGGAGCCCUAUCCCGCUCCAGCGGUGGUGAAUGUGACAGGAGCAUGGCAGGCCGAGGACUUCUUUAUAAAGUAUUCCAAGAACAUGAAGGGCUACGAGGUGCGAACGCCCAUCCUGUACGAUUUGCCAAGGGUCUUCAAAUCGGAUCGCCCAACCAACGGUUAUGAGAAGAACUUCGUGCACGGCACCAGCGGCAACUUGUUCCUGGGCUUCUUGCACUUCGUAAAUGCCACUCUAGUGGAUACCACAGCCAAUAUGACAACGGACUAUUUGAACAUAACUACCCUACUGGAACUGGUGGCCCAGGGAGUGUACGAGACCCUGAUCCAUUCGUAUACGGAACUUACGGUCAAGCACGUAGUUUCCCAUGGCUAUCCCAUUGGCAUUAAUGACUGCUGCAUCAUGGUUCCCUUUCAAAAUCAAUCGCCGGAGGAACAAUAUAUGAGGGAGGCGCUCCAGGGCAAUGUUUGGAUUUUAAUUAUAUUUUUCACACUGUACAUAGCCCUGGCUAUUUGGGUGUGCUCUCCGCUGAGACCUCGCGACUUCAGUGCCGCCUUUUUGCAAUCAAUUUGCACUUUAACCUACAGUGCGCCAACUUUUAUUUUACGAACGCCAACAUGGCGUAUGCGUUAUUUGUAUGUUGUGCUGGCCAUCAUGGGCAUUGUCACUUCUAACAUGUACAUUUCCCGGAUGACUAGUUACUUUACCACCGCCCCAGCUCAGCACCAGAUAAACACCGUGGAUGAUGUGGUGAAGGCCAAUCUGAGGAUCCUGAUGCUCUCCUUGGAACGGGAACGGAUGGAGAAGUCGCCGCGACAGUAUCCUCCUAGCUAUAUGCGGCAGGUGGACGUGGUGGACAAGCACGUUAUGGAUAUGCAUCGGGAGCCGUUUAACACAUCUUUUGGCUACACGGUCAGUAGUGAUCGGUGGCGCUACCUGAACAUGCAGCAGAUGCAUCUGCGGAAACCCAUCUUCCGACUGUCCGACAUCUGCGAGGGUCCCUUCUACCAUGUGUUUCCCAUGAAACUGGACUCCCAUCUCCGCUCGCCCAUGACGCAGUACAUCAUGAUUGCCCAGCAGGCGGGUCUGAUGAAUCACUGGAAGCGUGAGGCCUUCUGGGAGGCAGUGCAUCUGGGAAAGGUCAAGGUGCACUUAGUCGACGACGAGCCUAUGGCUCUCAGCCUGAGUUUCUUCGCCAGCAUGCUGCGCACUUGGACCUUUGGCCUGGUGCUCUCCGGUUUGGCCUUUGCCAUCGAAAUGAAAUGGUAUCAAUAUGCUACUCUAAGGCAGGCUCCUCAGGUGCCAUUGUCCAGGAAACGGAGAUCCUUCAUAAGACGCUUCAUGAGAUUAUGA